AUGCUUCCACGGCUACUCACUGCCCUCCUAGUUCUCUCCUUUGUCCCGAUUGCCCUCAGUCAAAUCAUCCCUAUCUCGCUCUUUGAACGGAGACAGCUGCACGGCUGUCAAUACUCCUCCCUCACAGAUGGCACAUACAUCUACUUCAUCGAUCAGUCAGACACGCCGCUGCACUACUCCAUCUACACGCCGUGGACACGCUUCUACCCGGAUGCUUUGCGCGCCGACCUUGUGGAACAGGGGUUCACCUUGGGCGCACAGCACGGCAAGAACGAGAGCGAUCUUUGCGGCUGGGAGACUAUGGACGUUGUGAAGAAACACGGCUGGCUUCGAGGCAAAGUUAGCUUUCGACACAUACAUGGCAAAUCGGUCAAGAUCAAGGAAGCAGGCACGAAGGCUCCUGCCGGUACGAAAAAACUUCCUAUGCAUCAAACAAACCCAGUGGGGUCUGAGAAGGUCAACUCAAACGCGCCGGCGAGUGUUGCUGUGCACCCUCUCAAUCAUACCCGACGAGCAGCCCCUCAGCCCACAAUGGGUCUCAGGCAAGAACUCAGACCAAGCAACGACACACGCCACCGUAUAUGCAACGUCCUCGUGUCGAAUUCCCCUGAGGCAGACCUCCUCUUCAUGAUGCUCGAAAUUAGCCUCCCCAUCAUAGGCGUCAUUGCCUUCUUAACGCUCGUGCUACUCAUCAUGCGGCACGUCACUAACAAGCUCUACCCCGAUACCGACGAAGACAACGAGCAAGGCAACAUCGAGCUCUCCUCUAUGCGCAAAAGCAAAUCCGUCAAGAGCGACAGAACGCUGGUUAAUCCGAAGAAACUGUCCAAGUUCAGAACCACCGGCCGAAAUGCAGAGGAUCGCUUUCCCGACACAAAGGAUGGUGGUGUUUUCGCGUGGCGACUAGCCAUGGAGAAUCCUCCACAGCCGCGACAGAGCCCGAAUGUAAGGACCGAGGAUCGAUAUCUAAAUGCGAACACGGGCGGUUUCGUCGGCCUCUCCAUAGAGCAGUCGCCCCAACCAAGGCAGAGCUCGAGCAUCUAUUCGAGAAGCAUGGAUGGGGUUACCCUGUACCCUGAGAGGAACACGGGAAGUUGGGGGUCACGAUGA